AUGCCUUUAAUGAUCAUUGGAAAAUCCAGAAAUCCAAGAGCCUUCAAAAAUAUUAAAACAUUGCCUGUCAUUUAUGCACCUCAAAACAAAGAGUGGAUGAACACCAAAAUUUUUAUUGAGCGGUACGAUAAGACUCAUUCCAAAUUUGAAGAAACAUCAAAAGAAUUUGGGAAAAACAGGAAAAGUGUUACUCCUCUUGGACAAUUCUCCGCCACGCCAAAUCCUGAUUUCUUAUAUCGGGAGAAUGGAAAGUUUCAUGUUGUUUUCCUGCCACCUAAUGUGACACCUUUGAUUCAGCCGAUGGAUCCAAGUGUCAUUGAAACCGUAAAAUGUCUUUAUAGAAAGCAACUUUUAAGGAAGAUUUUAUUAUUGGAUGAACAAAAUGAGGGGGAUUUCUGA